AUGAACAGUCUGCAGAUUGUCCUCGUCUGUUGCUUCCACACGCCAGCUGUUUGCCAUUCCUCUCAGACACUCAGAGAUCAAGUACGCGGUGUUCCAGCCCUUACAAAUGACGGUCGAUGUGGUAGUUUAUUCCCGUUGAGCAAAUCCGCUCAGAAGAGCGGCCUCCAUGCACUCAAGAAAGCUAUGAGAGAUGGGAAAAUGAACUUUGUGAUGGCUCGGCGUCUAUGGCUUGGGC